AUGGCCCCAUCUACCUGUGGCUGUGUCGACUUUGAGAGCCAGGCAUUACCAGAUAUGGAGCCAACCAUUUUUACUGCAUCUGAAAUGGGUCAGGAAGAUCAGUUCACCAUCUCAAGCAUUUCCAGCCGCCUGGUACACGAUGUCAAUGAAGAUCUAACCAAGCCGUGCAACAUGUUUUGCAUGGCAUGGGCGAUCCUCCUGGAACGUUUCACUGGGCUCGACCGUGUGUGCUUCGGGUUCCAGAGUGAGCACAUGAUUACCGAAGAAUCGGAAAAAUGCACAGACGGUGUUACAUCUGCAAUGCAGGUGCAAGUCGCUGCCGAUCAAAGUCUUGAUGACAUUCUUGCUGGAAACGGGUUCACCUCGGUGACGGUACCAGAGACCAAGGCCAAAACACUCUUCAACACCACACUUUCCAUCUGUAACUUGGACAGCCAGUCUAUAUGUGAAAAUGGAGCCUAUAAUAUCUAUUCAUGGUGCAAGGUUCACAUGUUGGUCGACCCUGCCACUAUGAAAACCUUGUUGUCAUGGGAUCCUGCUUUCAUGACAAAAGAACAGGCAGAGACCAUUAGCAACACCUACAACAAGGUAUUCCAGGAGAUUGCUACACAAAAGAAAGUUGUUGUCUCCACUCUCAACUGCUGCAGUGAACAAGAUGAGCUGAAGAUCCUGUAUUGGAACGGGUCUCCAUUGAGCAAUGUACAGAAAUGUAUUCAUCAAGCUGUAUCAGAACAGGGAGCGCUAAGACCAGACGCAGAGGCAGUCUGCGCUUGGGAUGGGAGUUUUUCUUAUUCUCAGCUAUUGACUCUGUCAGACCGUCUCGCCUUUCACUUGCAACAGUUAGGUGUCGGCGCCGAGGUCUUCGUACCUAUUUGCUUCGACAAAUCUAAAUGGACCGUUGUUGCCAUGCUGGCCAUUCUCAAAGCUGGUGGCAUAUUCGUACCACUUGAUCCGACCCAGCCGUUGAUGCGCUUGCAAGGUCUGGCACACAAGGUAGAUGCAAAGACUAUCUUGUGUUCACCCCAACACGAAGAAAUGUUGGAGACCAUAGCAUCAAAGGUGAUCCCUGUCGAUGCUCAGCUAUUCGAGAGACUCGCAGAACAGACAGGCGAAGUCGACUGUGGUUUAUGGAGCUCCGGAGCCUACAUGAUCUUCACCUCUGGAACCACUGGGGAGCCCAAGGGUGCCUUGAUACAGCAUGGUGCUUUGCUAUCAAGCGCUCUUGCCCACGGGCCUGCGAUGAUGAUGGACAGCAACACACGAUCACUUCAUUUCGCUGCAUCGACCUUUGAUGUGAGUAUUACUGAGAUCUUGACUUGCUUGAUCCUGGGUGGUUGUGUUUGUAUACCCAGCGAAGAGGCCCGCCUAAAUGCCAUUGAGGAAGCUAUUACUCAGCUUCGAGUCAACUGGGCGCUAUUGACACCGACGUUUGUCAAAUUCAUCAACCCUGUCAAUGUCCCAUCGUUGAAGACUCUUGUCACUGGUGGAGAAGCCAUGACACAAGCUGUCAUUCGAUCAUGGUCUCAUAUCAAUCUGAUCAACUGCUAUGGCCCUGCAGAAACAUCUGUUGUCUCACAUGUUCAUCGAGGAAUGAGAGAAGGCAAGAACCCAUUAAAUAUUGGUUAUCAGGUCGGUAUCCACUGCUGGAUCGUUGAUCGGUACAAUCACAACCGUCUUAUGCCAAUCGGAGCUGUCGGCGAGCUCGUUAUCGAAGGCCACACGCUUGCCCGGGAAUACUACAAAGAGCCCGAGAAGACAAGUGAGGCAUUCAUUGUUGAUCCUGAAUGGACACUCAACCAGCCGCACCGUGGCAACCUGAGAAGAAUGUACAAGACAGGUGACCUCGUCAGAUAUAAUUCCGACGGCUCUUUUCACAUUGCUGGACGAAAGGAUUCACAGAUCAAGUUUCAUGGACAGCGAAUUGAACUGGGCGAGAUCGAGUACCACCUUAACGUCGGUAUCGGUAUCAAGCAUGGCAUGGUUGUUCUUCCCAAGGCAGGGUUCUGUGAAGGGAGACUACUUGCCAUUGUUCAGCUAAAUGAUGCAUUGGGCAACGAUCUAGUACCAAACGGUCAGCCUUACAAGCUGGUUGAUGGUCCCCUAGAACAGGUCGCACUUGCCAAAGUUGAAGAGACCAAGCAACUCCUCGCCAAAAGGCUGCCUUCAUACAUGAUUCCUUCCACAUGGCUUGCGGUUGAGUUCAUUCCUCGCCUACAAUCAGGAAAGCUCGACCGCAGGAAGACAGGGAAGUGGUUGGAGGACAUGACCGAGGCUAUCUACAGGAAACUCAACCCUGUAGCCAUCGGUGACCUCCCGGAGACUUUGGCAUUCUCCAACGAGACUGAGUCCCAGUUACACAACAUCUGGGCUCAUGUUCUCAAUCUCAAAACAGAACAGCUUGGCCUCAGCCAGUCCUUCCUGAGUGUCGGUGGCGACUCUAUCUCAGCAAUGCAGGUUAUGAGCGAGUGCAAGAAACGCGGCUUGGGAUUGACUGUCUCUCACAUCAUCAGUUCCAAGUCCAUCAGCGCCCUUGCUAGACAUGUGAAGGAUAUUGAGAAGCCACAGCUACUCCAAGAGACCACUGAAACGCUCUUUGAGCUGUCGCCUAUUCAGAAGCUCUAUUUCUCAAGAUCGAAUCAUGAGCAGGGCCACUACAACCAAAGCUUCCUUCUUCGCAUGAGUCGGCAUGUCGACGAACCCGCUAUGCGCAGAGCUAUUGAAGCUACCAUACGGAGACACUCAAUGCUUCGCGCUAGAUUCAGCCAAGACUCUAGUGGCAUCUGGCAGCAGAGAGUCACCGACGCCGUUGAGAGCUCCUUCCGGUUGCGAUCCGUUCAAUUGACCUCAAAGGAACAGCUUUGUGAUGCACUUGUCGACAGCCAGACAUGUCUUGACCAUUCCAACGGCCUACUUCUCGCCGCCGACCUUAUCAAUGAAGAGGGCCAAGACCAACGUCUGUUCGUUGUCGCUCAUCAUCUAGUCAUAGACCUUGUCUCUUGGAGGAUUAUCUUUCAAGAGUUAGAGGAGCUAUUACUGCGACCUGAACUGAGUCCCGAUAUGGAUAGACCCUUGCCUUUCCAGGCUUGGUGUAAGAUGCAACAAGAGCAUGCUAGUGCUCAGGCACCGGAGCGAGCACUUCCAAUCCAUGGAAUCCCUGAUGGGGACUCUGCCUAUUGGGGAAUGGAGGAUACACCCAACGUUUAUGGUCAGAUGGUCUAUGAAGGAUUCGAAGUUGGAUCUGCACAGACGUCUCUGUUAUUAUCAAAGUGCCAUGAUGCCUUGCGCACUGAGAUCCCGGAUGUUCUCAUGGCGGCUAUGGUCUACUCCUUUGGUCAGACAUUCACUGACCGUCAAAUUCCGGCAAUCUUUGCUGAAGGGCAUGGCCGAGAGCCUUGGGACCCAUCCAUUGACUUGUCCAACGUGGUUGGAUGGUUCACAACCAUUUACCCGGUCUUUGCUGGCUCUAAAGCAUCUUCAACUCUUAUCGACACCGUCAAAAUGGUAAAGGAUGGUCGACGUAAGAUCCCUGAUAGCGGAAGGCCUUACUUUGCUAGCCGCUGGUUGACACAGGACGGUGAGAGCGCUUUCUCUCGUCACUGGCCACUGGAGAUCACGUUCAAUUACCUUGGUCAAUAUCAGCAACUAGAACGUGAGGGUGCUCUGUUUACACCCAUCGGAGAUAUCGCAGGAGAAGUCAGAAGUGCUACCGAUGGCGCUGACGUAGGCUCUUCAACGACUUGCAUUUCUCUCUUUGAGGUUUCCGCCGUCAUCACAAGGGGAACGCUACGAUUCUCAUUUUUGUUCAACCGCAACAUGAAGCACCAAUCCAAGAUUCGAAAGUGGAUUGCUUCGUGCGAACAGAAUAUUGGCCUUCUGGUCGAGUCCCUAGCUAUCAUGCCACCAGAGCCAACAUUGAGCGACUUUCCACUCGUAUCCCUGACCUACGACCGCCUUCGCCUGUUGACACAAGAGAAGCUUCCUGAGGUUGAUAUUGAAGACAUCAGCAAGGUCGAGGAUAUUUACCCUUGUUCACCAAUGCAAUCAGGGCUCUUGGUUAGCACGACAAAGGACAGCGCCGCAUAUGCUGCUUACACACUCCAUGAAGUUAAGAGCAGGAGUGGCGGAUCAGUCGAUGUUAUGAAGCUUGCCAAUGCCUGGAAGCGUAUGGUAGACUACCAUCCUAUGUUGAGAACAGUCUUCGUGGAGAGUGUGACUCUUGACGAUUCUCUAUUUGACCAAGUAGUUCUGAGAGAAGUUCAAGUCCCUCUCGUCAUGUCCGAAUCUGAGACAGAUGAUGAGGCGAUCAGUACUCUGGACAUGCCGCGACACCACAAUGAUUAUUCUCAGCUACUACAUGUGUUUGAGAUUUGUAAGUCCAAGACGGGCAAGGUCUUUUGCAAGUUAGACAUUAGUCAUGUCAUCAUGGAUGGGACUUCUCUAUCUAUUCUCUUUCGCGACCUCUCACUGGCCUACGCUGGCAUACUUGGGUCUGACAAAGGUCCUCCCUACAUUGAAUACAUCAGAAGCCUCCAAUACCAGGAUCUCCAGCAUGGAAUAGAGUAUUGGAAGUCAUAUCUGAUGGAUAUAGAACCUUGCCAUUUCCCCGUUCUUGAUGAUGGUGAAGUGGCCGAGUCGAGGGAGAUGAGGUACUCCAGAGUUCAGUUUGACGAGCUAGCCCAGCUACAGAGCUUGUGUGACGAUCGGGGAGUUACCAUCGUGAACGCCAUCUAUGCUGCUUGGGCGUUGGUACUGCGUCUGUACACUGCGUCAGAGGAAGUCUGUUUCGGCUAUCUCACAUCCGCUCGCGACUUGCCAAUUCAGGGCAUCGAGGAUGUUGUUGGGCCUGUUAUCAACAUGGUUACAUGCCGUGCCAACAUUUCCAAUUCGACAACUCUAGGUGAUGUGAUGGCUAUCGUACAGAAGGACUUCCUGAACAGUCUGGAGUAUCGCCACAUUCCGCUUGCCCAAGUUCAACAUGCCCUGAAGCUAUCCGAUACUGCUCUGUUCAACACGGCGUUAUCGUACAGAAAGCUUCCACCCGCACUGAAGAAUGCCCCAGAUGUUGUGUUUGAAGAAGUUCGUCCGACUUAUGAUCCUGACGAGUACGAUGUGUCUAUCAACAUUGAGGCUGGCGAGAACGACAUGGCUGUUGACUUGAUGUACUGGUCGGAUACAAUGUCAGACGGACAAGCUAAAAAUGUUGCGAGCGCCUUUACCACGGCGCUCAGUAAUAUCCUGCACUAUAGCGACCAACCGAUUACCCAGCUCAACCACCUUGGUCCUCAACACCAUCAUCAAAUCUCGCAGUGGAAUCAUAUUAUUCCUGAGGCUGCUGAAAGCUGCGUGCAUGAUCUGUUUAAAGAGCAGAUGAUCAUUCGCCCUGAGGCUCCUGCAAUUGCUUCAUGGGACGCCGACUUUACCUAUGCAGAGCUUGAUACCGCCUCUACCAAGCUAGCUCAUCAUAUCGCUGACCUGGGCGUUGGUUUGGAGAAAUGUGUGCUGGUCUGUUUUGACAAAUCAGCUUUUACAGUCGUCGCUAUGUUGGCUGUUCUGAAGGCAGGUGGUGUGUGUGUUCCUCUAGAUCCAGCCCACCCAGACGCCGCGAUCAGACUACGCGCUGAGGAUACAAACGCCUCAAUUGCCGUUGUGUCCUCCUCAAUGGCGUCUAGACUCAGUAAUAUAGUCGAGACGACAGUAAUAGUGGACGCACACCUCCUCCAAACCAUCUCAAAGACUACAAUUCUCCCCCAGACUUAUCCCCACAACGCGUGCUUCGUCAUAUACACUUCUGGAAGCACUGGCCGACCCAAGGGCGUUGUCUUGGAGCACAGAGGAAUUGCCACUAAUGCGAAGUACUCUGGACCAAAGCUUGGCUACAGCAAGGAAUCAAGGGUGCUUCAAUUCGCCUCUUAUACUUUUGACAACAGUCUCUCUGAGAUAUUCACUACACUUGCUCUUGGAGGUUGCGUAUGCGUGCCUUCAGAACACGAGAGAUUCCAUGACCUGGCUGGUGCCAUCAACCGCUACAAGGUGACACUGGCUGACAUCACCCCGACCGUUGCCUGUUUGAUCAACCCGUUGGACGUUCCAACUUUGAAGACUUUGGCCCUGGGCGGCGAGGCCGUGACUCAGAAGUGUGUUGAGAUAUGGCGCGACUUCGUGUCUCUACAGUGUUGUUAUGGACCAUCCGAGUGCUCUGUCAACUCUACCCACUCUGGUGAAAUCGCUCAACCGGGCAAGGCUACUAACAUUGGUCGUGCUGUCGGCAGUGUCACUUGGAUAGUCGACAGUACUGAUCACAAUAGCCUGGUACCGAUUGGCUGCAUUGGGGAGCUCCUCGUAGACGGUCCCAUUGUCUCUCGUGGCUACCUCAAUCUGCCGGAGAGGAUGGCACAGUCUUUUGUGGCACCAUCCUCUAUCAUUGGAGAUGUCUGUCGCGAUGGUAACUUGACUCGCAAGCUUUACAAGACUGGUGAUCUAGUGCGCUAUAACUCCGAUGGCACACUUACAUACCUCGGACGCAAGGAUACCCAGGUGAAGCUUCAUGGUCAGCGUAUCGAACUGGAGGAGAUUGAGCAUCACCUUGAGAAAAGCCUCCCCCAGCACUGGACGUCUGCCGUCGAGCUCAUCCAGUUUGAAGGCAAAAAAUCUCUUGCCAGUUUUAUCUGCGCUGACUCAGGUGCCAUUCUAAAUGACGGGACCGAAGGAAGCAGCGUAUUGGCCAUGGAUGAUUCUUUCAGAUCGCUGGCCAAAGAAUUGGAGAUCAGCCUCUCGAAUAGUAUUCCUGCCUACAUGAUACCUUCUAUCUGGUUUCCAGUUUCACAGAUGCCCUUGACCUCGUCAGGAAAGUUGGACCGCCGAAGCCUUCGAUCCCUAGUUCAAUCAGUGCCUGCAGCACAUAUGACCUCUUACAAGUUGGCAUUGAAGAGCGGAAGAGCCCCGUCCAGCGACAUGGAGAAGCAAUUGGCUGAUAUGUGGGCUCAAGUGCUAAACUUGGAUGCGAACACUAUUGGAGUUGAGGAUCACUUCUUCAGGCUUGGGGGAGACUCUAUCGCCGCGAUGCAGUUGGUGACGCUUGCGAGAAAGUCAAACAUCAAUCUCACUGUCACUGGUGUCUUCCAGAAAGUAUCUCUGCAAGACAUGGCUCAAUCGGCACUCCCAUUAUCCAGAGCUGCAGUCACAGCCGUCAAGCCGUUUUCGCUAUUAUCCAACGUGGCCUCAAUGGAUGCAUUGGAAGAGGAGAUCGGAGCUGCGGCUCGAAUCAAUGCCGGGGAUGUACAAGACAUUUACCCUUGUACUCCUAUCCAAGAGGGUCUCAUGGCUCUGUCAGCCAAGGACCCUGGAGCGUACGUCGCCCAAUUUGUCUUCCAAAUGCCGGAUGGUACAGACAUCGACAUCUUCAAGACGGCAUGGCGGCUCGUGAUAGAAGCCGAAGGAAGUCUUCGGACCAGACUUGUACAGACGACCAACAACGGUAUCUUGAAUGUGGUCAUGAAAGAGGAUGUCCCUCAAUGGAACACCUUUGGCAACCUCUUGGAUGCCCAAGCUCUUCGAUCCCAGCUUCUGUCGAGUAACGGCGGAAAGCUGACUGACUACGGAAUUGUUGAAGAUCAAUCUGGUGUCUUAUUCGUGUGGACUAUUCAUCAUGCUCUCUACGAUGGCUGGUGUCUGCCUCUUAUCUUGGACAAGGUCAAGCAAUGCUACGAGAACAUCCAACAACCCGCACCUGAACCCAUCGGCAGCGGCCCUAGCUACUCCAGGUUCAUUCGGUAUCUUACCGAGAUUGACUCUAGCCAAGAUGUCAAGUUCUGGGAGUCCUAUCUCGCUGAUAUCGCUACACAACACUUUCCUCGCCUUUCUAAUCCCGACUAUAAGUCGAAUGCGAGUGGUCUCAUUAUUCACAAGACUAGUUUCGACCAUCACAACGAUGGUAUGAAGACUUCUGGAUUGGGAAUAACCACAGCCACAAUGAUCAGGUCGGCCUGGGCAUUGGCAGUGUCGACCUAUGCAGGAUCAGACGAUGUCAUCUUUUGGGAAACCAUGACAGGCCGUGAUGCUCCCGUCGACGGUAUUGAGGAGAUGAUAGGCGCCACACUGGCUACUGUUCCGACACGUAUAAUACUCGACCGCUCACAAAAGGUCUCUGACCUUCUCAGCUCCGUCCAAGCCCAGUCUGCAGUGGUCAGAACGCACCAAUUUACAGGCAUUCAUCGUAUCAAACGUAUCAACAGUGAUACUGCAUUUGCUUGUGGCGCACAGAACCUUUUGGCCAUCAACUAUGGACCACGGAAGUCGACAGACGCAUUUUGGUGUGACCAGACGAACGAGAUGGCCGGGACCAACUUUUACUCUUACCCACUAAUGCUGUCUUGUCACGUCGCAGAUGGCGAGCUUGAGACUGUUGUUCAUUUUGACCCCGAAGUUAUUUGCGAGUCACAAAUGCAUCGCAUCAUGGAUCAGUUCGCACUGAUGUUGACAACGGUUACGUCCAGAGAGCUGAUGGAUAGGGAACUGAAUGACCUCGAACUCAUCAGUACACGGGAUUACCAGUCGCUUUCUGAGAUAAAUAGUCAAGUGGUACCUGCAUCCGAAACGCUUGUACACGAUGUUAUCAGAGCGACAGGAAUACUACAAUCGCAAGAUAAGGUGGCCGUCUGCGCGUCGGAUCAGAACCUUACGUACUCGGAUCUGGAUUCUCAAUCGACACAUCUCUCAUCUGUCCUGAUUGAAGCUGGCAUUCGACCCAACACAUUCGUUCCUUUCUGCAUGGAGAAGUCAUCUAUGGUCGUUGUAUCAAUUCUAGCCAUCUUGAAGUCCGGUGCUGCAUUCGUGCCCUUGGACUAUGCUCACCCUGACGCCCGUAUCAGUGGCAUCCUUACUGACGUCGAGGCCACAAUUGUCCUAGCAUCCCCUCAGUACGCCGAACGCCUGACCAGGCUAGGCCAGAAGGUCAUCUCUGUAUCCAAAGCUAUGAUGCAGGAGUCGGUACUACCACAGGGACAUGACUUUUCUGUGUCUCCCGAGUCUCCAGCCUAUUGCAUUUUUACAUCUGGCACGACUGGACGGCCCAAGGGGACGAUCAUCAAUCACUCUGCCUUCUGCACUGGAGCGAUGGCCCAUGGAAACGCUAUGGGAAUGACUGAAACAUCUAGAGUGUUGCAAUUUGCUGCGCAUACAUUCGAUGCAAGCAUAAUGGAAACUCUCAGUACCCUAAUUCACGGUGGAACUGUUUGCGUACCUUCUGAGGAAGAACGUAGCAACGAUAUCGCAGGGUUUAUUCGUCGCAUGCGGGUCAAUUGGGCUCUGUUGACACCCUCUGUAGCUCAGCUGAUUGAGCCAUAUACUGUUCCUGAGCUCAAGACGCUGGUGCUUGGAGGUGAGGCUAUGUCUCGUGUCCAUAUAUCAACCUGGGCACCAUUUGUCCACUUGAUGAACGCCUAUGGACCUAGUGAGACUUCAGUUGUCGCAACAGUUAACUCGAGCGUUGGGCAAGACUCUAGCCCAGCCAAUAUUGGUCGUGCUGUGGGAGGUCUUUGUUGGGUCGUCGACUCUACCAACCACGACAGACUUGUACCUAUUGGCGUCGUUGGAGAACUUUUGGUGGAAGGGCCAAUUCUCGCUCAAGGGUAUCUCAAGAAUCCGCAGAAGAAUGCAGAGUCUUUUAUCACCAACCCGCGAUGGUGUGGCAAGUUUCCCAGUGAGACUGCAAGCGACAAGCGCAGAUUCUACAGAACCGGUGAUCUUGCCAAAAUCAACAGAGAUGGUUCUCUCGAGUUUCAAGGGCGAAAGGACAAUCAAGUCAAGAUUAACGGCCAAAGACUUGAGUUGUCGGAGAUUGAACAUCACCUGAGCGCAGACACGGCUGUUCAAUCUUGUUUGGCAUUUAUCCCGAAGAGUGGACAGCUCAAACACCGCUUAGUCGCAAUGCUUUCGCUGCACUCUACAUUCAAUUCAACAGCAGCUGAUGAGAUGCAACUUGUGAUUGACUUUACGCCUUCUGAAUUGACAGGUGUGCGUGACAGUCUCACCGGACAUUUGGCCGCUUACAUGAUCCCAUCUACGUGGAUCAUCGUCAAUCACAUUCCUCUCUUGCCAUCUGGAAAGCUUGACCGGAGAAAGGCUGUUGACUGGGUUGAGGCACUGUCCCCCGAACAAUACCAGAUGGCUCUCUGUGCGCAAGAAGAGACCCAAGCAUCUGGUCUAGACCGAGAAGCUACAACCAUCGAGACUAAGCUUAGGGCUGCCUGGGCUAGGGUCUUAGGCAUUGAGGUCGAUAGCGUGUCAUUUGCGCGAUCAUUCAUUCAAUCGGGAGGAGACUCAAUCUCGGCGAUGCAGCUGGUGGCGGUCUGCAGGUCUUCCAACAUGUCGCUCUCAGUCAGCCAAAUCAUGCAAAGCAAGUCCAUCAUUGAGCUCGCAUCGUUUGUUCAGGCUGUAGAGGAUGUGAAACAUGAGGAUGAAGAAGAAGAAAAUAAAUCAUUCCCUCUAUCGCCCAUCCAGAAGCUUUACUUUGAGCUCAUGUGCUCUGAGUCUACUCGCUUCAACCAGAGCAUGGUUCUGGAGACCACGCGGAAAGUCACACCUCAUGAUUUGUCGAAUGCCUUGGAAACCAUCGUCAAAACCCACAGCAUGUUACGUGCUCGCUUCGCUGAUACUGAUGGGGUCUAUUCUCAGCGUAUAACUACCGACAUUGACGGUUCCUAUGCUUUCGAAUCGCAUGUGGGUGUGCAUCAAUGUCGCGCUUCUGAGUUGAUUGAGAAGACUCAGACAUCUUUGAACAUCGUUGACGGACCAUUACUCGCAGCGGCGAACAUCGAGAUAGAGGACUCCGACAAGCAAAUCGUCUUUUUAGCAGCCCACCACCUUGUUGUUGAUGUCGUCUCUUGGAACAUUAUUUUGCAAGAUCUGGAAGGGUUGUUAUCAUCAUCAGUCGCCAGUUUAGCCAAACCACUUUCGUUCCAGACAUGGAACUUAUUACAGCUCGAAGAAAUCAGCAACGAAACACUAGAUCGUGUUUUCCACGACGUUCCCAUACCUGCGCAAGAUCUCACCUACUGGGAAAUGCAAGAUGUGCCUAACCUCCAUGGCGACACAAUUACGGAGACAACAGAAAUAGCUUCUGAUGUGUCGCUUCGACUAUUGAGUUCUUGCCAUGAAGCAUUCAACACGGAUAUUGUCGAUGUCCUACUUGGUUCUUUGCUAUUGUCAUUUUAUGAAUCAUUUCCCGGCCGGCUUUCCAUGCCAACUAUAUUCAAUGAGGGCCACGGCAGAGAGCCGAGAGAUAACAAGCUAGAUCUGUCGCGUACCAUAGGGUGGUUCACAACCCUUUGUCCCAUCUAUCUACCCGAGUCCUUACCCGCAGAGCCGGAUAUUCUUGAUAUCAUUUGUUGGGUCAGAGACUUCAGACAGCGAAUUCCUGGCAAGGGUCGCCCUUAUUUUGCUCAUCAGAUGCUGUCUGAGGCAGGCCACAACCACUCUCCAGAAUGGCCUUUGGAACUAGCUUUCAACUUUCUCGGUCAAAGGCAGAAGACCGAAUUGGAAGGGUCAGUCUUCAAGUCGCCUGACGGCAUACUCGAGUCAGCAGCUUCACAGACUGAUAUUGGAAUCGAUGUGCCACGACUCGCACUGAUCGAGAUAUCUGCCUCGUUCUGUAGGGAUGUCUUGAGUUUCAGCUUCUCUUAUAACAGAAAAAUGAAACAUCAGCAUUGUGUUCCAGAGUGGAUCGAGAAUUUCUCGGACUCUCUCCAGACCGCUGUCGAGCGAAUGUCCCAGGUCAAACCUGAACUUCGAGAUCCCGACAUCUCUCUCCUUCCGCUUGCAUUCAGAGGUGCUUUCAAGGUCGACGCAAGACUUGCCGAGAAGGGUCUCUCUUUUAGGGGCGACGUCGAAGCUGUCUAUCCUUGCUCUCCAGUUCAGAUGGGUAUUCUCUUUGCCCAGAUCAGAAAUCCCAAGUUCUAUUCGUACUCCGUCACAUUUGGGAUUGACUGCGUCGAGCCAAGUCAUUCUGUAGACGUGCAUCGCCUUGCAGAUGCAUGGCAACGAGUUGUUCAGCGUCAUUCAACUCUCCGAACUAUUUUUGUUGACUCUCUAUUGGAGGAGGGCGGCAUCAACCAAGUAGUUCUGCGCAACCAUUGCGCUGAAGUUUCCGUAUUCGAAUGCGCCGACGACGAGCGACUUCAAAUGAUGACUGAGCGCUUUUCACCAGAAAUCAUGAGUAGUAGGCCGCCUCACCAUCUCAGCAUCUUCAAUAGCACAGAAGGAAAGGUUACCUGCCUUUUGGAGAUGAGCCACGCCUUAUCUGAUGGAACGUCUAUGCCAAUUCUGUUCCGCGACCUGGCAAAGGCUUACGACGGAUCUUUGGACUCGAUAAUUGUUUCGACCUACAGAGAUUAUGUCUCUCAUCUACAAGUUCAGGGCCCUCAUGACAUCGAAUACUGGCGUGAGUACUUGAAUGAUGUCGAACCAUGCCACUUGCUGUCAGUGUCGAAACCCACACUCCCCAAGGUCUUGAGAUAUCUGGACCAGACCAUCUCACAUCCAGAAGACCUACAGGCAUUCUGUACUGAGACAGGUGUCACAUUAUCCAACGUUCUACAGCUCACCUGGGCGUUGGUUCUGCAAGCCUAUACAGGUCAUGACGAUGUCUGCUUCGGAUAUCUCGCUGCGGAUAGAGAUGUCCCUGUUCCAAAUAUCGACAACGCGAUUGGAGUUUUUAUCAACAUGCUGGUUCUUCGAGUGCGCCUUGAUGCGUCUAAAACAGUUGGAGACGCCCUUAGCAUGGUUCAACGAGACCUUAGCGCUGCGAUGGCACAUAGAAAUGUCUCACUUGCCGACAUACAACGUGUGGCAGACUUACCCAACGAACCACUUUUCAACACUGCGUACUCCUUCCAACGAAGGUCCGUCGACAAGUCCAUGCAAACCGGAUCUGUCUCCUUUGACGUCAAGGACGCGCAGGACCCUAAUGAGUAUGACUUGACUGUCAACGUUGAAGUCUGGGAACAAACUGCAGAACUCCAACUAUGUUACUGGACAGACAAAAUAUCUGAUUCACAAGCCAGGAGCCUUGCCUCUACGUUUGACAAGGUCCUGACUUCAAUCAUCACGUGCGACUUAUCGCUUCCUACCGAUCAGCUCGAUAUUCUCAGUGACGACUGCAUGCAACAAUUGAUGGGUUGGAACAACACCCAACCAGCGCUAUUGGACCAAUGCGUUCAUCAUGUAUUCGAGCGAAAUGUCCAGCGCCUUGCCCAUGAUACCACGGCCGUCGAAGCCUGGGAUGCAAUAUUUACUUACAGUGAGGUUGAUGUGGUAUCUUCGCGACUGGCCCAUCAUUUAGUAUCUCUUGGGGUCGUGCCAGAGAUGUAUGUGCCUCUCUGUUUCGAAAAGUCUGCAUGGACACCAAUCGCCAUGCUUGCAGUUCUCAAGGCUGGCGCUGCCUUUGUUCCAAUUGAUCCCAAUCACCCGCCUGAGCGAAUCGAGUUCCUCGUCCGAAACAUCAACGCUAAACUCAUCCUAUGCUCAAAAUCCUUGGUGCACAAGUUCGACAUGGACGUACCGAUCCUUCCCAUCAGUUUCGAGACUAGUUUUGAACUAUCUUCCUUGCCAGCAACUCCGCCCUCUAUCCCAGUUCAACCCGACAACGCGGCAUACAUUAUCUUCACAUCGGGGACGACCGGGGUACCCAAGGGCACUAUCAUUGAUCAUGGGGCCUUUACUACGGGAGGAACUGCUCAUGCAGCAGCUAUUAAAAUGACGUCCGACUCUCGAGUCCUCCAAUUUGCGUCGCACACGUUUGAUGCCAGUAUCAUGGAGAUUUUGACCACCUUUCUGGUAGGCGGAUGUGUAUGCAUUCCUUCCGAGGAAGAGCGUAUGAAUGACCUAGCGGGUGCCAUCUCGAAAUAUGAUGUCAACUGGGCCUUACUUACACCAUCUGUGGCAAAAGUUCUCAAGCCAGGUAGCGUUCCAGGCCUCAAAGUUCUUGUUACUGGCGGUGAAGCAAUGACAACAGAUCACAUCACUAAGUGGUCAAGACACGCUGCGCUUAUCAAUGCCUAUGGACCAAGCGAGGCUUCGGUCAUCGCUGCAUCCCACAUAAAGGUUGACCAGCAUGGAGAAGUCUUGAACGAAGAACCUGCCAACAUCGGUCACGCUGUCGGCUGUCGAGUCUGGGUAGUCGAUUCCCAUAACCAUAACCGCCUCAUGCCUAUUGGAAGUAUUGGGGAGCUUCUUGUAGAAGGCCCUAUUGUGGCACGGGGCUAUCUGAGUAACGAAGUCAAGACAAGAGAUGCUUUCAUUGACUAUCCGCCAUGGCGUGCAAACAUGAAGCUCUGUGGCGACCGGGUGGACCGGAUGUACAAGACUGGCGAUUUGGUCGCGUAUAACUGGGACGGUUCUUUGAACUAUUUCUCGCGCAAGGACACACAGAUCAAGCUCAACGGACAACGCAUUGAGCUUGGUGAGAUCGAACACCAUGUCAGGGCUAACUUGCCAACAAAUGUUCAAUCCGCUGUCGAACUGGUUAUUCCUCAGGGCAGGACAUCGACCAAGAUGCUGGCCGCUUUCUUCACUAUUGAUGAGCAUGUCAACGAGGAGGCUGUAAAGGAAGCGAACGACCCUCUCUUACCUAUGUCGAGUGCUUACAUGGAGAUUGGCCAGUCACUUAAAACGUCGAUCAAGAUUGCCCUUCCGUCGCACAUGGUACCAGCUAUGUAUGUUCCAGUAGCCAGGAUGCCUUGGACAUCAGCUGGAAAACUGGAUCGCCCGAAACUGAGGGCCAUCGUCCAGUCCAUACUACCAAAGGAUAUUGGGUACUACAAGCUGGUUGGGGCUAGUAACAGCCGAGUUCCGACUACUGCGAUACAGCGCAAGUUGCAGAAGAUCUGGGCAAAUAUUUUGAACAUCCCGACCAGCGCCAUCAGUAUUGAUGACAGCUUUUUCAGACUUGGCGGUGAUUCUAUCAGCGCUAUGAAGGUUGUGUCUGCCGCUAGGGUGGAGAAUGUCUCCCUCACCGUUAUGGACAUACUCAAGAGCCCCACGUUGUCGGAGAUGGCCGCGUGUUGUAGUCAUUCUAAGCACACUACCAUUGUGGAUGUUGAGCCCUUUUCACUGUUGCCUGACGUCGAAUCUCCCGCUUUGCUUCUCGAUGAGAUCGCCGAGUGUUGCGACAUUCAUACAAGUCAAAUACAAGACUUGUACACUUGCAGUUCCCUCCAAGAAGGCCUCGUGGCAGCCUCAAUGCAGCAAACCGGCGCCUACGUGGCCAGAUACAUCUUCAAGGUGCCAUCGACUAUCGACGUUGAGCGUCUCCAAUUGGCAUGGCAGAGGACUUCAGACCAAGUCGACAUCUUGAGAUCACGCAUCGUAAACUCUCGAUCCCUCAAGAGUUACCAAGUUAUAUUAGAACCCCAUGCGAUUGACUGGGAAUACUAUAGUAGCCUCGAAGUUGAUGCUAGCCAGACCAUGCCACUACCUGAACGAAACGGAGGGCGGUUGGCUAGGUAUGCGAUCGUUGGUUCUUCCGAUUCUGACCUUCGUUACUUUGUAUGGACAGUACACCACGCCCUUUACGAUGCCUGGAGUAUGCCAUCUUUACUCAAGCUUGUUUCCCAGUUCUACCAAGAAGCGAGUAAGGAACAGCUCGUACCAGUUGUUCCAUACGCCAACUUCGCCAGAUACUUGAUUGGCACCAAUGCACAAGCUUCUGAUGAGUUCUGGAGGGCAACGUUCCAAAACGCGUCAACCGUGUCUCACUUCCCGACCAUCACUCCAUCAGACGCUGAGUCAUCCCAUUCGUCGCUUCAAUAUACAAUUCAGUGCAGAAAGGAUGACAUUGGCGCUGGUAUUACUAUCCCAACCAUCAUUCGUGGAGCUUGGGCGCUGCUUCUGGGAGCUCAUACUGGGUCUGAUGAUGUUGCCUUCGGUGAGACAUUGUCUGGUCGUGACAUUGCUUUGGAGCAUGUUGAAGAUAUCCUCGGCCCAACUCUUACGACAGUGCCCCGAAGGGUCCAAAUUGAUCGAGGUACCACAGUUGGCCACUUCCUGGACACCAUUCAUAAGAAUUCAGUCGAAGUUAUCCCCUACCAGCAUGCCGGUCUUCAGCACAUCAAGCGUCUCGGGGGAUCAAUUGCGGUUGCUAGCGACUUCAGAAACCUGCUUGUUAUCCAGUCCAGCGAUGAAGUAGCAGAACAACAAGACCUUCUACAGCCGCUCGAUGAACAAGUGAACCACAAAAACUUCUUCACUUAUCCACUGGUUGUUGAGUGCUCAGUUGAACUGAACAAUUUGGUGCUGACCAUUCACCACAACGAGACCGUCAUGACAAGCUGGCGGGCAGAGCGUCUUGCUCACCAAUUUGACGUGCUUGUUAAACAGCUCAGCCAUCUAUCCCAGGAGCCGAAUCAUAAGUUGGCUGAGAUUCAGUUCUGCGACGAAGAGGAUCUCCAGAUAAUCAAGGGCUGGAACAAGGGAACUCGAGAUAUUGCACAUGAUAGCAUCUCCAGCCUUUUCUGGCAGGCAGUAGCUGCGCGCCAUGAUGCUACCGCUAUCCGGGCUUGGGAUGGUCAUCUCACCUACGGUUCCUUAGCACAGCACGCUGGACGUCUUGCCAGGCGUCUUGUGCAGGAGGGCAUCAGGCCCGAAACAAUGGUACCCUGCUGUAUGGACAAGUCUCUCUGGACUACCGUGGCGAUGGUUGCUGUGAUUCUUGCUGGUGGUGCCAUUAUCCCGUUGGAUCCCGCUCAUCCUCGUGCUCGACAUGCAGAGAUUGCCCGAGAAUGCAAGGCCAACAUUGCUCUAUGUUCGCCACAGUACCAAGACCGAUUUGGAGACGUUGCUAAUACUGUUAUUGCGGUCGACCAAGAGCUUUUCCAUAAAGAGAUUUGUCAAGAGCAUGUCAUUCCUGAAGACCUACCAACUGUGACAGAAAAGAACGCAGCCUUCGUUAUUUACACUUCCGGCAGUACUGGUAAGGCAAAGGGUGUUGUCAUUGAGCAUGGCUCAUUUGUGGCUAGUUCCAGAGCCUACACAGAACGCAUGCAUCUCGUGACUACCUCGAGAGUCUUCCACUUUACGUCAUACGCUUUCGACAUCGCUAUGGGAGAGACAUUUAGCACGCUCAUUACGGGUGCAUGUCUCUGUGUUCCCAGUGAAGAAAUGAGGGUUACCGAUUUGCCGGGUGCCAUGAAUACUCUCGAGGCUACGUGGGCCUUUCUGACCCCCUCACUGGCCAACAUGCAGGAUCCCUCCAUGUUCAAGACCCUCCAAACACUUGUCUGUGGAGGUGAAGCCAUGACAUCAGAAACUAUCAGCAAGUGGUCGCACAAGGUCAAGUUGAUCAAUGGCUAUGGACCUGCUGAAUGUACAGUGUAUGCUGUCGCCAAUUCCAAUGUCGCUGAAGAUCAAGAUCCCUCCAACAUCGGCCAUGCUACGCAAGGUUGUCACACUUGGAUCGUUGAUACCAGAGAUCACAAUCAGCUUGUUCCUGUGGGUUGUGAAGGUGAACUGCUCAUUAGUGGUCCCAUCCUGUCUCGAGGUUACCUUAAUGACAGCACAAAGACAUCACAACUAUUCAUCGAAGAGCCGACAUGGAUGCAUCACUUUGUCGACGAGAAGCACGAACGGCCAGUUCGUCUGUACAAGACAGGCGACAUGGUCAGGUAUCGACCAGAUGGCGGUUUGACCUUUAUUGGCCGCAAGGACAAUCAGGUGAAGCUUCACGGUCAGCGCAUGGAACUAGGCGAGAUCGAAGCGUGUCUUGAGUCUGACUCACGGCUUCGCAAUGCUCUGGUCGCACUACCGAAGUCUGGAAUCUUCAAAGGCCGACUGGUGGCCGUUCUCUCAUUCAAGAACCCCGACUGUCACAAUCCGGGACUUGUUUCUUCACAAUUUAGUCCAAUUUCUGAUUCUGCCAUGGAGGUAGCUCGACUCAAUAUUCCUGACUUGCAGCACAUUCUAUCCGAGAACCUACCGCCUUACAUGAUGCCUUCGUCAUGGCUCGUGGUUGAUGCUAUUCCCUUGUUGCUAUCAGGGAAGCUUGACAGGACCAGUACUCAGGCAUGGCUCGCUGAAAUGGAUACGGAAAUGCCCGAAUUUAUUCUCACUCAACCAGACAGCCAGACUGCUGUCGAUUCCGACACGACACUGGUUUGUCAACUUCUGAGACGCAUCUGGGCCUCAGUUCUCCGCAUUCCGCACGAAGCUACACUACCGAAUCGCUCAUUCAUUUCCCUAGGUGGAGACUCCAUCAUGGCCAUGCAAGUCAUGUCUCGUUGUCGCGAUCACUCCAUUCAAUUGACCAUGCGAGACAUCAUGAGUGGCAAAUCCAUCAUCGACUUAGUUGCCCUCAUUGAGAAGGAAGAUCGCGGGAGGCAGAAUGGCAUUCCCGACUAUGAAGAUGACAACAGUCAACCAUUUGCGUUGUCACCGAUCCAACAGCUAUUCUUUAACAACAGUUCCAACAAGGACCGUGGAGACCGUUUCAACCAAAGCCAGCUCUUUUCGGUCAAGAAGUCCAUUGAAGCAUGUAAUAUCGCCAAUGCCAUUCAUUCAUUAGUGCAGAGACACCCAAUGCUUCGUGCGCGAUUCAGCAAGUCUGCGACUAUUGGCCAGUGGUCUCAGCACAUUGCCCCGGAUACUGAAGAUUCUUACAGUUUUCAUUUCCACGAGGUCAGCGAUGCCUCCCAAAUCGCCCAAUACAUCGCUACCAGCCAAGAGAGUAUCAAUAUCUCCGGUCCAGUAUUUAUUGUUGACCUGUUCAGAAUGCCCGAUGGCUUUCAACAUGUCUCCAUGAUCGCUCACCAUCUCGUUGUUGACGUCGUUUCCUGGAUCAACAUCGCUCAAGACCUCGAGACAUUGCUUUCAUCUUCAAGUUCAAUGUCACCAAGGCCUCUAUCGUUCCGAAGGUGGAAUGCAGCACAGAUUGAGCAUGCCAUAUCAAUGCAGAAGGGAAGCGAGGAUCUACUGCCAUUCACUUUGCGACCUGCAAAUCUAGACUUCUGGGGUGUUUCAGACAUCUCUAACAGCUAUUCACAGGCCACUCAGCAAUCAUUUACUAUCUCGGACACCGACACUGUCUCUCUUCUGUUAGAAGACGCACAUCGAACACUCAGAACCGAACCUCUGGAUCUUUUUAUCUCAGCUCUGUUUAUGUCAUUUGGACAGUGCUUCCCAGACCGUGAGCUUCCAACAUUGUUCAAUGAAAGCCAUGGCCGUGAACCGUGGGAUGACUCGAUUGACCUUUCCCAAACUGUCGGAUGGUUCACCUCACUUUGUCCUAUCGAUGUAUCACAUCACAACGUCGACCCUACCGACACUAUUGACUUUGUUCGUAAAGUCAAAGACUCGAGACGUGCCAUACCCGACAACGGCCGCCCUUACUUCGCUCAACGUUAUCUAGCCAAUUCCACGAAACCGUCUCCAGACAGUCAGAAGCCAAUGGAGAUACUAUUGAACUUUCUAGGCCGGUCGCAACAAAUGGACGGGGACGAAUCUCUUCUACGCCCGUUCAACCUCUCCAUGAGCGAGGAAGAAAUGGAAUCUAUGUCAGAUGUUGGUCCUGAAACACGUCGCCUAGCUCUAUUUGAGCUCUCCAUUUCUAUUCUCAGUGACGGCAUUCAUUUCAACUUCAUGUACAACAAGAACAUGCUACACCAAGAUCUCAUCAAGCAGUGGGUGACCACCUGCAAGGAGGUUCUCAGCGACAUGGCAACAGAGCUCAGCGUCGCUCCAUCCUGUCCCACUAUCAGUGACUUUCCACUCAUGUCCUUGGACUACACCAAACUUGACAGGCUGGUUGCCAAGUCUCUACCUACUGCUCAUGUUCGUUUCGAUGAGGUGGAAGACAUGUAUCCAUGCUCACCUAUGCAGAUGGGUAUACUUCUAAGUCAGCUUCUAGAUCCCUCUCAAUACUUGUUCCACACCAUCCUUGAAGUGUCUGCCUUUAACAGCUCAACCAUCAAUUCUACAAAGCUUGCUCAGGCCUGCUCGGAAGUCAUUGAGCGUCACGCCGCACUUCGAACUGUCUUCAUCGAGAGUGUUCGCAGUGGAGGUUCCUUUGAUCAGGUCGUUAUACGUCCGGGCAAGCCUCGAAUUCACAUCGUCAAAUGUCGAGAGAUUGAUGUCAUGGCAAAGUUGAACGCCAGGUCACUCGCAAAGACCAACAAGAGACACGGAACGCCCAUUCUUCCCUAUCAGAUCACAAUAUGCGAAACGACGCACGGCAAAGUUUUCCUCAAGCUUGAAAUGAAUCACGCUGUAACGGACGGUGCGUCCACGGCAAUCAUCGUUCGCGACAUCUCCAGCGCAUACGCCAAUAGCCUCCACCCCACCAAGCCUCCAUCAUACAAGGAAUACAUCAGUUACAUCUCGAAACAACCGACUGAUUCGAGUUUGAUGUACUGGAAGAGCUAUCUGUCUGGAGCCAGGUACACCGAAUUCCCAUCCAUGAACUCGGAUCACAUGGCAGGUCGGAGUCUAGGCUCCAUUGCCGUCGAGUUUGACAGAUUCUCAGAACUUCACUCACUUGGAUCGGAUACUGGUGUGACAAUCUCAAACAUGAUCAUGGUGGCGUGGGGACUCGUCCUUCGUAAAUACACCGGUUCCCAAGAUGUCUGCUUUGGGUAUCUAGCUUCUGGUCGCGAUGCUGACAUCGAUGGUGUUGAUGAGAUCGUCGGGCCAUUGAUCAACAUGCUUGUCUUCCGCUUCCAAUUCACCCACGGAAUGCUUCUCAAGAGACUCUUCCUCGACACGCAAGAGGAUUACGCCAACAGUCUUCCACAUCAGCAUUUCUCUCUUGGUCGUGUUAGUCAUGAACUAGGACAAUCGAAACGAGGUUUCUUCAACACGGCAGUGUCCAUUCAAAAUUCCGGUUCUUCAGGACACUCAGAAAUCAGUGCUCUACAGUUUGAAUCCGUGGAUGCCUUCGAUCCAAGUGAAUAUGCUGUUACGCUCAACGCAAACACCACUCGCGACGAUGAAGGGAUCGUGUUCCGAUAUUGGACCAACAUCCUUUCCAAUGCACAAGCUAAAGACCUUGCCAUCGUCAUGUCUGAGGUACUGAGCGAUAUCAUCGAUCACGGUGAGGAAGCUUUGUCACAUCUGCGGGUUUCACGAAAUUCGGCAAUGCCUAUCAAUACCGCAGGGGUACUAGAUGGAUGGACCUUCCAGCACAGCCAUACGAGCCGACAGGUUCAAACACCCACAUCGACAAUGAGUAGCUAUUCUACAGGACCUAGUGCCACACUUUUCUCGCCAUCUACAUCUUGGGGUUCGUUGCCCCGAGACAAGGAUCAGCUCUAUAUGAAGCUAUCCACAUUGUGGGAGCAUCACCUUGAUGUUGCAUCAACUGACAUCACAUACGAGAUGAGCUUUUUCGAGUGCGGUGGUGACUCUAUCAUUGCCAUGGCCAUGGUGGGAGAUGCUAGAGAUCAAGAUCUGCCACUCACCGUGGCUGACAUCUUCAAAAACCCGACCUUUGGCUCCAUGCUGAAUUGUCUCAGAGACAAGUCCUACAGAGACGCAGACAUGGUUUCAAGUGAUGGGAACACAUCACUUUUAAGCUCAAAGAAGGAAGCCAUCGCGAUGGAUCAACAUGUCUAUGAACCACUCUCUCUUCUAUUCCAACAGAACGCUGAGCAGUUCGUCCGAGAGCAUGUUUGUCCCGUUGUUGGAGUUUCCCGAGCCAGCAUCACAGAUGUCCUACCAACAACCGACUUCCAGUCUCAAGCCGUUGAGGGAAGCCUUCUUGAAUCACGAUGGAUGCUGAAUCAUUUCUUCCUCGACGGUGCAGGGUCACUUGACAUUGGCCUUUUACAAGAGAGUAUCACAAAUGUCAUUGCCGCCUACGACAUAUUGCGUACCGUCUUCGUUCCAUACCAAGAAACCUACUUGCAGGUCGUCCUCCGCCACGUUCAGUCCAAACUUAUUCUCCAUGAUGUGGACGACAUUGAGGAAUUCACAUCGGAGCUCGAAUCAGAUCACCUACGUCAAACUCCCAGGCCUGAGAAAUCUUCUCUCCGCUUUAUUCUUGCCCGACACAAAUCCUCAGAACGACACAGGAUCUUUGUCCGACUGUCUCACGCCCUUUAUGACGGUGUUUGCUUCCCAACCAUCCUUAACGCGUUGAAGGCAUCCUACGAAGGCGAGCAUAUUGUCACGCCACCUUCGUAUGCGACUUAUAUCCACGGCUUGUUUGGCAAGGCCAAUUCUGACCAAUACACCUACUGGAGAUCCCUCCUCAAGAAUUCCGUUCCUACAAACCUCGUUCCACGACAAUGCGGCUCGAUGCGCACAAGUCCUACGCAGUUAAUGAAACGGACUGUGGCCACACCCUCGCUCGCUACUUUCAACAUCACGACCGCUACUGUUGUCAAGGCCGCCUGGUCUAUGGUUCUGGCCAAGAAUACUGGGAUGACCGACAUUGUCUUUGGCCACCUCAUUAGUGGGCGGAACUCACGCCAUGUUCCUGGCAUCGAAGCUAUUGUCGGCCCUUGCCUCAAUGUGGUUCCUGUACGCGUACAAUUACAAGACUCUUGGACGGUGCUAGACCUUCUUCAACACAUUCAGCACCAGCAAGUAGACAACAUACCGUACGAAUCACUUGGCUUCAGAGAAAUCAUCAAAGGCUGCACGAACUGGAACGACAAUGGAGCAAACGGAUUUUCUACUAUUGUCCAGCAUCAGAGCAUGUCUCAAACUGGCAGCCUGGACAUCGGACCAAACACGUACAAGGUUGGCGCGAUCGCUUCUCAGGAAGACACGGCCGACUUUAGCGUUGUGACCACGCCACAGGACUCCGGCAACACUGAGGUCUGUUUCUUGUAUCGCCAAGAUGGAGCUGAAAGAAUGAAGUUGGCUGAGCAAUUGUUUAGUUGUCUUUGUACAACAAUCACGGACUUCUCCACUAAUGUUGAGGUACCGGUGACUGUUUAG